AUGUGCGCAUCUAAAUUUGGAUAUAUUGUUACACGACGAAAUUUAUACACUGCAUGUAUAGUUGUAACUGAUAGUGCCUCACAAUAUGCUGCAGCUUGUCACCAAGUUAAUUUAUGUGUUGGUGACAUAUUUAAAGAAAGUGAUGAUUUUGAUGUUGUUGCUAAUAAUGCAUGCAAAAUUGCAACUUAUUUCACAUCAAAAACUCAUACAUACUUUAUUGGAAAGUUAAAAGAUGAGCAACAAUUACAAUAUAGGAAAUAUGUUAAUUUAAUUAGGCCAUGUGAAACACAAUGGAAUAGUUAUUUCUAUUGCUUAACAAGCAUAUUAAACACCAAUGAAGCAUUGAAGACUUUAGUUGCUAGAUAUGAACCUGAUUAUAUGGAAGCACAGAUUUCAAGAUAUUCUAGAAACAACAACUUAAGGUUGCCUUUAACUAUUUGUGAGUCAAUAAAUGAUGAUAACUUUUGGAGAGAUUUUUGUAUUCUGAAAACUUUACUAUUGCCUCUAUGA